GUGUCUUAGACCACCGCGCGACUCGGGAGCCCGAGUAAUCCGUAGUUAUAUUUCUUUCGAUAUUUUAAAUCAAGCACGGUAAAAUGUAUAUUCGAAUAAUUCGACCUGUAAUGUGAUUUAUUUCCAUAGCUAGUACGACUCAAUCGCGCACCCCUUGAAAUCAGGUGGUACGUUCCAUAGCUCUCUGUUGCCCCGGAAGAAAGCAGUUUGCUUUUACCACUUGGAAAGUGAUCAACCGUGAAAGUAUAUGAUCUACUCGCAUAAAAAGAAAUACAACUCUUGGAAUCCAAGGAUAGUACACAGUGUUCGGACUGGCUGAGGAGGCAGAUCUACAGACAAUAUCACAUACGCUGGACAGAUUUAAUCUUAUAGAUUUGAAUGGACAAGGAGACCAGAAAUACAUAGCCCAGCUAGUUAACCCGUGUGGUGACUCCGCGAUGCCUGUGAAGAAGAAGAGGAAGUCUUCAGGUUCAGAUGACCCGGGACUCAGGAAGUGUAAAAUCACCUGUUUCUGCAGACCCCAGGCUCCAGGCCGGUUGAUCAGCCCAGAGGACCAGUUCUCCAAUAAGAAAUGUCUGGCCUGGUUCUACGAGUACACAGGUCCAGAUGAGGUGUUGGGUCCAGAGGGGAUGGAGAAGUUCUGUGAAGACAUUGGAGUGGAACCAGAAAACAUAAUCAUGUUAGUUUUAGCCUGGAAACUAGAAGCACCAAAUAUGGGAUUUUUCACUAAGGAGGAGUGGCUUAAGGGAAUGACUUUACUACAGUGUGACUGCAUAGAGAGGUUACAGGGGAAACUGGACUACUUGCGCAAUCAGCUCAACGACACAAUCAUCUUUAAAAACAUCUACAGAUACGCCUUCGACUUUGCCAGAGAUAAGGACCAGAGGAGUCUGGACAUGGACACAGCUAAGUCCAUGCUAGCGUUGCUACUGGGGAGAACAUGGCCACUGUUCCCUGUCUUCAACCAGUUUCUGGAGCAGUCCAAGUACAAGGUGAUGAAUAAAGACCAGUGGUAUAACGUCUUAGAGUUUAGUCGUACAGUCAGCACAGACCUCAGUAACUAUGACGAGGAUGGAGCCUGGCCGGUGUUAUUGGAUGAGUUUGUGGAGUGGCAGAAAGCUCGGCUGGCAGCACUAUAGGGGAGGACACUCGCCAAACCGCAGAAGAGGAGAAAGAGGGAGCAGGAAAGCAAGAGAGAGAAGCAAUGCAAGCGAGCGAAAGAGAGAAGCACACAUGAGGAUGUUCUGCCUCCAUUUGAAAUAUACAGAAACCGCACACACACCUUCCAUGGACUGUGCACACAUACACGCAUACAGUGUCACGGAGCGCACACACACUUCCAGUGAUGGCCUCUGUGCUUCGUGGGACAAACAGUGAAGUCCUCUCUUUCUCUCUGAAAAGACUUUUUCAGUGUUAAUUUAAACAAGUUCAACAAGAAGAAAAUAACUAAAUAACUAUUUUUCAUAUGUAUUGCAUCUGUGGCCACAGUUCUCUAGCCAGUGUUGUUAAGAUCGACUGGGGAAUUUUUCUGUUUCAUUUAACAUUUAUUCCAUUCAUUUGAGUCUUACCUUGUUUAUAGUGUCUUCAGAACAAGAAUAAAGAAUGGAAUUGUACCAAA